CAUUCAAAAUUUUUCAAUCAAAAAAGAGCCACACGUCUCAUUUUCUCCCUGCAAAGUGCAAAUUGAAUUUUUCAAUUUUUGAAAAAAUUCAUAAAUAAAUUAAAGAAGCAUCAAUUUAAUCGAAUUGAAUCAAAUAAAAAACUAAUCAUGGAUGACGAUUGGGAGUCUCUGGCAGACAAGGAAAUAGUUGUGCCUCCGAAAAUUGCAAAUUUGAACAAAUGGGAAGGCGAAGACGACGACGAGGACGUUAAGGACAGUUGGGAAGAUGAUGAGGAGAAAAAAGAUGAAGAAAAAGAAAAACCAAAACCAGUCCCUAAAAAAACACCCAACAAGGCACAACAAGCUAAACUAAAUGAAAAAGAGCGAUUGAAACGUGAAGAAGAAGAACGAUUGGAAGAAGAACGAUUAGCUAAAUUAACACCCGAAGAAAAACUAGCCGAAAAAUUACGAUUACAACAAAUUGAAAAAGAAAACGACCUUAAAAGUGCAUUAGAAACAUUUGGUAUAUCAACUAGUUUAGAUUCAUUAAAUCCAGAAAGUAAAGAAGAAUUUAAAGAAUUUGCCGAUGCACUUAGUACGCGUGUUUCAUUGUAUAGAUCUUCACAAGAAUUUCCAAAUUUCGUUGAAGAUUUAGUUCGUAGCAUAUGUGCUAAUUUAAGUGCAUCUGAAUUGAAAAAAAUAAAAAUCACAGUAGAAAGUCUACAUACGGAAAAACAAAAAAUGGAAAAACAAACCACGAAAAAACCUAUAGGCAAAGGCAAAGGAAAAAUUAACCUUAAAAUGGAUCAUACAGAUAUCACGGAAGUAGUUGACUACAAGUACGAUUACGAUUAUGAUGAUUUUAUGUAAUAUCUCCACACAAUCACACGUCGUACCAUUUGCGUCGUCGUCGCAUCGUCUAGGUCAACAAAUAUAUAAAUACAUAAAAUUUAUAAAUUUAUAUAAAUCUAUAUAAAUAUUAUUUUUCUUCUUUUUUUUUAAUUACUGUCAUAAUAAUUAAUUUGUGAAUUUAUUUUAAAUAUUUUUAUCAUAAGUUUUUAAGUUUUUAUUUUUCUUUCUUCUCUGAAAAAAUGUUAAUUUUAUUUGUUCUUCUAAAAAGAAAAGAAAAAACACACAUACACACAAAUUGUUUUUGUUACUUGGGAUAUAAAUAAUAAUGUUUUUAAGCUUUGUUUAUUUUGUUUUAAAUAUUUUCUUCCAAACGUUUUUCAAGUUGUUAAAUAAUUUUAUGGAAUGAAAACAAAACAAAACAAAAAAAAUCUACAAAAAGCGCAAAAAAGAAAUAAUAAAAAAAAAAUUGUUAUUAAAUUAUUAUUAUUAAUCAAGGGGAAAAAAGAACAACCGUAUUUGCAGUCAUACAUCUAUGUAUUUUUAUAGUUCCAAAACAGGUACGGAUUGAACAUAUUAUUAUUAUUAUAAUGAAACAAAAAAACAAAAACCUUAAGGAAACGCCUACAACAAAAACAAAAUACAAAAUAGAAAAACUAAACAAAAAAUUAAAAUAUGAAUUUUUAAUGUAAAAUUAAAGAAGAGAGUCCGAGAGAAAGAAAGAGAGAAAAAAUAAACAAACAAAAAAAUAGAAUAAAAUAAAAUAAAAACGGAAACAAAUUUAAAAUAAAACAAAUUUGCAAUAGUAAAAUAA